AUGGGCAUCUCAUGGAGGCCCCCUACUGACCCCAGGCCCUCAAUAGGGGAUCAUGGGGCCCCUGUUGUCCUCCAUAGGAGACCUUGGCAGGGGCGGACUGGCAACUCAUGGGGCCCCCGGGCAAUAGGGGAUCAUGGGGCCCCUGUGUCCUUGCCCAAACUGAAAAAAGCCUAUGAAAAAGGUACCAGGGGCAUCUCAUGGGGCCCCCUACUGACCCCGGGCCUUCGGGCAGUUCCCGAGUUUCCAAAUGGUCAGUCCGCCCCUGGACCU